AUGGGGACCCGCUCGGGAGACCUGGCUCAGCCCCAGAAUGGGAACUCGGCUCUCGCCCCCACUGGCCCCCCACAUCCCCCUGGGAAGGAGCUGCCUGCGGUGGGCACGGACCCCGGAGCGGGUGCCAGGCCCCCCCGGCCGGCGGUGGACAUGCUCUACAAGAUCGAGGACGUGCCCCCCUGGUACCUCUGCAUCCUGCUCGGCUUCCAGCACUACCUGACCUGCUUCAGCGGCACCAUCGCCGUCCCCUUCCUGCUGGCCGAGAGCCUGUGCGUGGGCAAGGACCAGCUCACCGUCAGCUACCUCAUCGGCACCAUCUUCACCUGCGUUGGCAUCACCACCCUCAUCCAGACCACUGUGGGCAUCAGGCUGCCCCUCUUCCAGGCGAGCGCGCUGGCCUUCCUCGUCCCCGCCAAGUCCAUCCUGGCCCUGGAGAAGUGGCGAUGCCCGCCUGAAGAGCAGAUCUACGGCAACUGGGCGCUGCCGCUCAACACCUCCCAUGUCUGGCAGCCCCGUAUGCGAGAGAUCCAGGGGGCCAUCGUGGUGUCCAGCCUGGUGGAGGUGGCCAUCGGGCUGCUGGGGCUCCCCGGGGCGCUGCUCAGCUACAUCGGGCCGCUGACCGUCACCCCCACCGUCUCCCUCAUCGGGCUCUCCGUCUUCCAGGCGGCCGGCGAGCGGGCCGGCUCCCACUGGGGCAUCGCAGCGCUGACCAUCUUCCUGAUCGUCCUCUUUGCCCAGUACCUGCGGCACAUCACCAUCUGCCUGCCCGGCUACCGGCGGGGCAGCGGCUUCGUCCUGUUCCGCGUCCAGAUCUUCAAGAUGUUCCCGAUCAUCCUGGCCAUCAUGGUGGUGUGGCUGCUCUGCUACGUGCUGACGUGCACCGGCGUCUUCCCCAGCCAGCCCGAGGCGUACGGAUACAAGGCCAGGACGGACGCCCGGGGGGAGAUCCUGUCCGUGGCACCCUGGUUUCGGGUCCCUUACCCCUGUCAGUGGGGUCUGCCCACAGUGACCUCGGCGGCCGUGCUGGGCAUGUUCAGCGCCACGCUGGCGGGCAUCAUUGAGUCCAUCGGGGACUACUACUCUUGCGCCCGGCUGGCGGGAGCCCCCGCUCCCCCCGUGCAUGCCAUUAACAGAGGCAUUUUCACUGAAGGCAUCUCCUGCAUCAUCGCGGGGCUGCUGGGAACCGGCAACGGCUCCACCUCCUCCAGCCCCAACAUCGGCGUCCUGGGCAUCACAAAGGUGGGGAGCAGGAGGGUGAUACAGUACGGGGCUGGCAUCAUGCUCGUGUUGGGGACCAUCGGCAAGUUCACAGCGCUGUUCGCCUCCCUGCCCGACCCCAUCCUUGGCGGGAUGUUCUGCACCUUAUUCGGCAUGAUCACGGCCGUCGGCCUCUCCAACCUGCAGUUCGUCGACAUGAACUCCUCCCGCAACCUCUUCGUGCUGGGCUUCGCCAUGUUUUUCGGGCUGACGUUGCCAAACUACCUGGAUUCCCACCCCAAGGCCAUUAGCACAGGUGUCCCCGAGCUGGACCAGAUACUGACGGUGCUGCUAACGACGGAGAUGUUCGUCGGGGGGACCAUCGCCUUCAUCCUGGACAACACCAUCCCGGGGACGCAGGAGGAGCGAGGGCUGGUGCAGUGGAAGGCGGGUGCGCACUCGGACAGCACGGCGAGCGCCAGCCUGAGGAGCUACGAUUUCCCCUUCGGGAUGAGCGCGGUGAGGAGGAGCCGGUGGCUGAAGCACGUGCCCAUCUGCCCGGUGUUCACGGGGUUUAAGGCCCGGGCGAAGGGCAGCGGCGCGGCCGCAUCGGCCGCAGACGGGCAGGAUACCGCAGACGGGCUCUCUGUGUGCACGAAGGUCUGA